AUGCAAGCAGCGGUUCCGACCCAAUUCCUCAGUGACGAUGACGUUGAGAAACUCUUUUCUGGAGCUCCCCAGUACUUCGCCCGCAGCGAGAGUCACUUCCCCGGCGCGCCUCAUCCCAGCGUAGCCUUUCCCUUUGACGAGGAACUGGAGAUCCGCGACUUGACCGACCAUGUCCAGAUCGAAGCCAAGGCCUGGCGGGGCGUCACUGUGUGGCCUCACCUGACGAGGGACGUCAACCACGACCCCGAGGCCAAGCAGGAGGUCGAAGACACGCGCAAGGCCCAUUUCCAUGUGCGGUGCUGUGAGCGACCCAACAUGCUGAGCAUGCAGGGGCUGGAGAAGGGCACCAUGGGCUACCAGGCUGCUCUGGAACUGGCCGUCAGCGACUCGCUCGAAGAGGAGCAGUUUGGCUUCGAGAGCCUCGGCACAAAGGCCCGCGCCGUCGUCGAGGCUCGUGAGCGCAUGCUGUCCCGCGACGGCUGGCUACAUCGUCUUCCCCAAGGAGAGCUGCUGGAUCGGCUCAGGCGCAAUGGCGAGAUCUACCGCAACAACGAUUUUGGCAAGAAGCCGUCGACGGAGACUUACAAUGACCUGUUCCACGUCUUGAUGAGGCCAAACAAAAUCCCCCCCGUCGAUAAAAAGGACUCCCACAGCCUUCCCAACCAGAUCAGUGCCAUUCUCAAGUGCAUGGGAGCCCCCAACGUCUGGAUUGACUUGUCGCAUGUCGAAUGGCGUGUUCGGCUAGGCCAGAUCCUUUGGGGCAAGCCGCACGGUGACGAGUUGGACGACAGCACCGCCAUCGUCGAUGCAGAGAGUUCGGCCGAGCGGGCAGAAGAAAAGUAUUGGCUACUAAUGCAGAUUUUGGUGUCGUCCGAGUUGCUCAUCCGCCUGGACGCAAUUACUGACGGCGAGGAGUAUGGGGCGGCCCAUUUCAGAGCCAUUGACGUUGUUCAGUUUGAGAGGGCCGCCAAUGCUUCUGUCAAGUGGUCUCUGCUUUUAGCUCGAAGCUGGCUGAACAACAUUGAAAUCCUGCGAGAGGACUACGGGUCUUUGGCAACACGGCCUGAACCUCGUCGUGGAAGCAGCGGCGUUGCGCCCGGCUGGCUGGCGUCCCUGGCCAGUAAGAUUUCUCUCCACGACCAACACAAGCACGGAAACCGACCCCCGUCGCCGCCUCAUUUCUAUACCAUCCGAGGAAGAUACGGCCAACGCCAGGUCGAGGGCCUAACCCACUUUGCGCGAAAACUCAUGUGGCCAGGUAUCGACGGCUACGAGAGACGCAUUUCGGAAAAGGUCCAGAAGUUGGCUGCGCCGUCGUCAUUGCUGCAGCCCCCGACGCCGACGCCCUACAAGAAAGAGCCCGAGCAGGAUUCGUACUUUGGUGCCUGGGAUGUGACAUGUCAGCGCGGACAUCACAAGGAGCGAGCCCGGGCUAGGCGGCGUCGAAUGGCGGCAGCGCUGCACGAGUCUGGCUGGCUUUCCAAGUCCUAUGUGUUUGGGCUCAUGAUGCCUGGAGAUGCCGUGAGCCAUUUCCUGAUGGCGACGUUGCUCGAGAAUGAUAGCGAGGCCUUGUCCAGAAUAGGUUCGUUUGCCAAUUUGAGCAGCGGCUUCGUUUACCACGACAAGAGUUUCUGGAGCACAUCUUGCAUUGUCGGUCGAGUUUUGGCGGCCGGCAAAGGAUCUGCUGAAUGCAUGGGAUGGAUUUCGACAGAUAUCAUUCCCGAGGGAGUGACCGAGGGGUGGAUUAGCAUUGAUGUCCACGAUGUUGCCUCCGACCUUUCGCAGCUUGGGAAGAAGGGGAGAAUUUGGGGCAAGAAACGAGUCGAGCGCGAGUCUUAUAUCCUCGGUAACGGCGAUGAAGAGUCGAUUUCUCCCGCAGAUUUUAUAAUCCCUCACGAGAACAAUUACGCACCCUCUCCGCCGGGUGUGUUUGUCGAGCUGCAGUCGCUGGAGCUCGAUACGCCAGUGGCAGAAUGUGUCCAUCCGACACCUCUCGCGGAGAUUAUAGCGACUCCCAUCCACGAGAACCACAGAGCCCCGGAUCUAUUGUCGUACCCUGCCAAGAUCAACUUCUUUGUGUCGAUUGAUGGAGAGAAGACCGAAACGAUUACUCUUUCGCUGCUGUACGACAUCAACUUUGUCACCGCACACCCGUGUUCCCCGUCUUCGCGGGUCAGGGUCCUCAAGUCUCCUUCCAGCCCGACGCUGCAGCAGAUUGACUUUACCGGCACCAAUGCGUUGGGCGCCGGGUCUCGGUCGAUGUAUCGAGCAGGCCACCCACUGCACAAGUAUUAUAAUUACACAGUUAUCCACAUCUCCGAGCUUUUGAAAAGACGAGAUGCCGAGCUCUCGGACCUCCUUACGCCCCCUGGCGGGCAAGCCGCUCAGAAUCAAGUGCUGGUAGUCGAUUGCAUUACCAACUUCUCUUCGGUGCCAACGUCACCGGUUGCCGACCGCUCGGACUCGCCUGGCUCUUCGCCUAUUGAGCGCAAGGGAAGCUUCUCGGCAGCGGCCAAGAUGCACUUUGAGUCUCGGAAGCGGCAAUUCGGCUCCGACAUGGAGAUUCUCAUCCGAGCUCUAUGCUCUCAGAGAGGAUGGAAUGCCAUCAUUAGCAGGAGGAAGCGAGGGUGCCUGGCCUGCGCAAUCCGCGAGGCCGGAGCUCUGGGUUGGAAACUCAUAAUCAGAGUGCCAUGA